UAGCCGCGAGGUCGCAGCGGUGGGCAGUCCAGGGUCGUCUCCCGGUCAGCUCUUUCCUUCGCUCGUCAGGCGCUAGCAGGGAGAUGUCCGGCGAGUGUCGCGCGCGCAGCUGGCUGCUGCUGCAGCUGCUGCAUCUGCUGCUGUCAGGACUGGAGGCCGCGCCGCUGCCGUCAGACACACAGGCCAUGAUCUACCUGUCGCAGUUCGGCUACCUGCCGCCCGCCGUCAGGAACAGGGACACCAUCAUGACGGAGGACACCAUGCGCAAGGCCAUCGCCGAGUUCCAGGCCUUCGCGGGCCUCAACAUCACGGGCGAGCUGGACGAGGACACGGCGCACACCAUGAGCCUGCCUCGCUGCGGGGUCAAGGACAAGGUUGGCUACGGCGCCGACGCCCGCACCAAGAGAUACGCCCUGCAAGGCAGCCGCUGGCGGGUGAAGAACCUGACGUACCGCAUCGCCAAGUACCCCAGCACCUCGCGGCUCAGCCAGAAGGACGUGGACGCGGAGCUGGGCAACGCCUUCAACGUGUGGGCGGGCGUGACGGACGUGAGCUUCACGCAGAAGAGCAAGGGCCAGGUGCACAUCGAGGUGCGCUUCGAGAAGGGCGAGCACGGCGACGGAGACCCCUUCGACGGGCCCGGAGGCACGCUGGCGCACGCCUACUUCCCGGUGUACGGCGGCGACGCGCACUUCGACGACAGCGAGACCUGGACCAUCAAGUCCUUCCGAGGCACGAACCUGUUCCAAGUGGCUGCUCAUGAGUUCGGCCACUCGCUGGGGCUGUCCCACUCGGACGUGAGGUCGUCGCUCAUGGCGCCCUUCUACCGCGGCUACGACGCCAACUUCAUGCUGGACCAGGACGACGUGCAGGGCAUCCAGGCCUUGUACGGGAAGAAAAGCACGCCUACCACCACCGUGGAGAAGUCCACUCCAACCAGCACCGAGAAGACCUCGAACGAGGAUCCCCUUCUGUGCAGAGACGGCUCCAUCGACACCAUCUUCAACUCCGCUGAAGGCGCCACCUACGUGUUCAAGGGCGACGACUACUGGAAGCUGACCCCAGAAGGAGUGGCCUUCGGCUACCCUCGAACCAUCUCCCGCAGCUGGAAGGGCCUGCCCAGCAGCAUCGACGCCGCCUUCACAUACCGCAACGGCAAGACGUACUUCUUCAAGGGCGACCAGUACUGGAGGUACGUGGGCAAGAAGAUGGAUGGCGAGUACCCCAAGCCCAUCUCGGAGGGCUUCACAGGCAUCCCCGAUAACCUGGAUGCGGCCAUGGUGUGGAGCGGCAACGGCAAGAUAUACUUCUACAAGGGGAGCAAGUUCUGGAGGUUCGACCCAGCACAGCGUCCUCCCGUGAAGAGCACCUACCCCAAGCCCAUCGCCAACUGGGAGGGAGUGCCCGACAACCUGGACGCGGCUCUGCAGUACACCAAUGGCUACACGUACUUCUUCAAGAAGAACGCGUACUACAGGUUCAACGACAGGACGUUCGCGGUGGACACGGCAGACCCGCCGUUCCCCCGCUCGGCGGGCCACUGGUGGUUCGGCUGCUCGUCGCAGACCAGCGGCACCUACAAGCCGGGUAACUCGGGCUUCAGCUGGUUCUCGCAGGUGCACGACGUCACCGAGGAUGAGGGCGUGGCGUCGCCCCAGGUCCCCGCCCGCGACGACCAGUCCCUACACACUGACGUCGACGACCACAUCCUGGACGCAGGCUCGCGGAAGCUCACGGGCGGGAGGAGCGGCUGACACUCGUGCGGACACUGGGCGGGCCGCACCUCGAGGCUGGUGUUUGCUUUGCAGAGGAGACGUCCCCGAUGUGGCCGCUGCUCGCCUGACGGGUGUGUGUGGCUCAGGGUCGCUUCUCUGGGGAGAGUUCGUUAUACCGACGCCGGCGCCGCGCGCCUGUCCCGGGGACUGGUUGUAAUGUGCAGUGUGGGUGCUGUUGGAACUCAAGGUGAGCAGCAGCAGUCGGAGGACAGCUACCCGCGCGACCAGAAGAGCCUGCACUCCGGCUCGACAGUCGCGACCUGCUCCCGCGCGUGGCUCGUCGUCGGCUGCUUGCUGGUGCUCCUGCGGUGAGCACGGACACUGCUCCUGCGAUGAGCACGGACACUGAUCCCCCCCCCUCCGCCCGGACACUAGCCCGUGGUGCCGGCGCGCCGCGGCGACAGAGGCAAGUGCGGUGCCGCGGGACGCUAGACGAACCAUGCCGCCCCACCGAUGUUGCGGCCGGCUAAGACUUGCCAUCGACAGCGGCCGCGACGAGGGCUCGUGGCAGUGCGCAGGGCAGCCACAACUAAGAGUUCCUGGACUUGGGACCACCCGUCACCGGUGGACGUGGUUGGUCCGUCACUGAGAGUCUUCCGUCGUGCGACUCGGCCUUGUCGGUGGACGUACAGCCUGGAACCACAUCGACCAGCAGUGGUAAACCAUCCAUUCAAGAACAUGCUGGUGCUUCGAUACCAUGCUCGAUGUAACCUGAUGUCAAAAAUCACAUACAUGAAUCCAAUUGCACAGAAUUGUCAUUUAGGGACAACGAUUUCUGUUACACAAGGUCAUUGCGAUGUGCCCUUGAAAAUUAAAUUCUGAUUAUAUCUACAGUAAUAAAGAAAAUUGGUAAUAUCAGUAUCAAUAUUUGGAUCAGCACUGGUAGGAUGUAUUUGCGUGAAUUAAGACAGUAAGUAAAAACUUUUACAUCCAGAAAGGGAAAAAAAAA